CUUUAUUAAAACCUGGGGUAGUUGGGUUGGGCUUGCAUCAUAUUUCUUAGACGCUGCAUUGCUCCGCCGCUUCUUUCUCAGUAUGGCGAAAAACAGGAACAAGAAAAAGAGGAACGAUGCCGUCUCUAUGGAUAUCAGCGAGCCAUCCGCUGGGGAAAUCCCUCAAGCAAUGGAGACAUCGGAGCCCGCGGCUCAAGGUUCUGGCGCCCCCAGUAUGAAGAUUAAGAAAGGUCGGCCUUUGAAGAGAUCAAAAAAUGUCCGAAAGAUGAAAGCAAUAGAAAAAGCUAUAUCUGCAAGUGAGAAGACCGCUCAGAAAAUAUCAAAGAACCAAAGUAAAAAAUUAAGAGUUCAAUCUGCCAAAGUGCUGUAUGAUUGAAUAGCUGGAUUGGUUGGCAUCAUCAUUUCGAAAAGUUUCAUUUGUUUUUGGGUUCAAUCUGAAUGUAUUCAUGCUGUAUCAAUAUAUAGUUUAAUACUAAUCUAAGGUUAAGUUUUGGGCAUUGGAGUGCCAUUUUA